AUGGCGACCAUAGAUUACAAGAAUGUUCCUAUUGAAGAAAAAGCUCUCUACGUGCCACCGUUAAACGAGAUAGCUGAUGUGUUAUCUCGUGGACUUCAGAGCACAUUUGAGUCUGUGGAUGUGUCGGUUGUGGAGAGCCCCGAUCUCACGCAGCCGCCCUUCGAGCUCACUUCACCAGGAUUAACGGGGAACGCAAAGUUGGUAGAAAUCGGUGGCCCACCAUAUUUGGUGCCUCUGGUUCGGCGUGACAAGAUCUACGACUUGGCAGAGCUGCUGCGGUUCCUUCAGCGAGACCCCGCCUUACUCGCCGGAGCCGGUGCAGGGCCUUGGCCUUAUAUUGGUGUAAAUUGCGAGGGCAUCAUCAAUGUGAGCGUGCGCGGGGGUGAAGUGGAGCAGGGCACGCGCGUGGUGUCGGUGCAGCCGGUGGGCGCGGCCAAGGGCAGCAGCUCCUACCUGCAGCGGCGCCUGCCCAAAAACGAGACCCGCUCUGCGCUGCUCGGCAACUACCUGCUCAGCGACGGACAGUCCGGGAAGGUAUUAAAAGUGGUGGUUAAGAAGCGAGUUGGUAAAUCCAACUUCAUCACUGCCAUCAGAGAUACUCUAAAGGAGCACUACGGAGAUAAAGUUGUAGGUCUGGGUGGCACGUUCCUGCUUCGGGCGGGUCGCGUGAAGCACCACGUGAUGCCGGACUUCUCCGCGACGCCGCUCUGCUCCGACUCGGACGUGGACAACUGGCUCCACUACUUCGAAAUGCGGGCGCCUAUCACCCACGUCGGCACGCUCGUCACCGGUGAUUUGGGCUUAGAUCUGCGCGUGCAGCAUUUCCACGGAUACAGCGCGCACGGAGACGGUGGCCACUACCACUACGACACCACCCCCGAGGAGGUGGAGUACGAGGGAUACUUCGUCCCGGCCGCCGCUGUCGUGCGAAUCGACCCGCCCGAGAAUACGCACAGCUUCGGACGGGAUUGA